AUGGCGGAUGGAGAAGCGGCGACCAAUGGCGACCAUGGAGGAAUUGACAUGUGGGAGGUCCGCCAGACUCUAUUGUCCAACUCGACAAAGCGAAGAAGCGCAGAACUGAACAGCAUUCGCGACAAGCUCGUGGACGGAGAUAUUCCACCCUCUCAGACACCCGCCAUUCUGCGCACCCUCUUCGAUACAUAUCCCCUCUAUGUCGAUACCAAAUCACGGCAGGCUGUCGAAAGCUGUAUAUCUGCCAUUGCAUCAUCCUCCGAAGCGCCAAAACUAAUUCCAGGAUUGGUAAAGGCAAUACAUGAUGAGUCGAACAAGACGGCCAUUGCGCCGGGCAAUGCCUUUGUUCUGAUCAGGUGGAGCUCGCUGCUGAUACAACAUGCGGCAAAGGAGAAGGACCAGUGGGAGCAGUGGGGAUUGAAAGCGGUGGCUACGUUGACAAAUGCCUUGAACACCUUGUUUGCCUCUACACCAAAAGGAAGCACCGCAGCAACCGCGCUGCGUGUAAGCAGACGUGCAAUACRGACACUGUUGAAAGGCGCAUUCGGCAUAGCGGCAGUGGAUAUUUGCAUCACGACUUUGACCGCAAAGUCUCCUUCUCCGACACCCAAGAAUGCACUUGGAUUGGGCAUCAUCGCCGGAGUGUGCAAGAGAGUAUUGGACCGAGCGGCUGUUGUGGAGGCGAGGAAAGCGGACUACUUUGCCUUCUUUCUGCGGGAAAUCCUUGGAUCGCGAGUGCAACUCCCGCAAUACAUUGCUACUGCGCUUCACGACUUCUUCUCUUCUUUUGUAUCCUUGGAGGACCUGAAGAAAGAUGUCAUUCCAGCCGUGGAGAAGGCGCUCCUGAGAGCUCCCGAAGUCGUUCUCAAUGAUCUGAUAGGACCUGUAUUGACAGCCCUGCCCCACGAUCUCGACCUGUCCGAAAUUCUGGCGGGCRAUCUCAUAAAGCCCCUACUUGCCAACAUCAAGUCCUCAAACACAUCAAUACGAGAGGGCGCCGUUCGAACUUUCAGAACGCUCGCUACACGCUCACACGAUGGAAAUCUGGUGGAGAAGGCAGCUGAUGAGAUCCUAACUCCCUUGAAGUCGAAUAAAGUCACUUCGGCCGACCAACGCGUGCUACAUGCUGAGAUGCUCGCCGCCUUGCAGCCAACUCCCUCGCUGGCUACCAAGAUACCCCAAGGUCUCGUGACAGUCACCACUAAGGAAGCCAAUGAGGUUGCCGCGGCAGCUGAAAUCGGAUGCAUUGGAAAGUACGUGCAAUUCGCACUUGAGAGUGGAGUGACGCUUGACAAGGCAACAACCGACGCAUUCACAAAGGGCCUGGCGGAGAAACGCCUCCCAAUGCGUCGACUGUGGGCCUUGCAGUUUGCAGAAUGCGUAUGGAGUCUCAACGCCACCAAUCUCGAGAGUGAGGGUACUGCCGCAUUCGUCGAUGCGACCAUUGGAAAGAUGGUUGAUGUGUUCAACGAGGUGCUUGCGAACCCACUCCCUGCCUUGCAGAAUGGACAGGUACCUGUCGCUUGUGCUGCAGCGGCGCUCUCGAUGGGCAAAGUACCGCAGAUCUCAUCUUUGAAGAAUGCUUCGAUUGUUAACAAGGCAGCAAUUGGUGCAAAGGUGCUCGUCCUCGAACCAAAGCCCUCAUUUUUGCUGAAUCCUCGAGUUUACACGAAGCUGACACUCGAAGACGAUCUUCGAUGGUUCCUUCGCGCUGCUCUGUCUGCUUUCCCGAGUCUCGCGAAGUCGAACGACAAUACUUCAAUAGCGAAGGCCUGGGCGCAGGCCAUAAUUUUCUUGAUCUCAUCUACUACUGUUUCGCCGAAGCUAAGAACAGAUGCGGCCAAAGCCCUGCAAUCUCUCUACGCAGUCAAUCCUAGCCAAGUCGCGGACGUCAUCGUCAAUGGGCUCUGGCAGUGGUGCGAAGAUGUUGAGCUCGAAAUAAAGGACAGUGCUGCCAUGGCUGCUAAGAGUGGGCGCGAGGAGCUGUUCAGAGUGGUGCGGGCGAUAUGCUUAGAUCCCGAAGUUGCUUCCAAAGCGGGCAUCUCUUUAGACAAGUCUGCAGUUGAAGAGCAGCUGAGAAAGCUGCUCGUGUUGUGCAGGCCGCAGCUGAUAUCCAAGGCGUCCUGGAUUGAGCUGUGCCUACGCACCGGUACUGAUCCAGGUGGCCUCACGGUACAGCAUUCCGAGGACAUGCUCUCUCGAAUACUUAAAGUAACGGAAACUCCUACCUGGAAACCGCUCAAGGCCUUUCAGUCUGCAGCCUGCAGCGCUGCAGCGGAUCUCGCAUUCGUUGCGCCGGAGGCUUUGACGCCACUUAUCGUCGCACAGAUUAGCUCGGAUCUCAAUCCCACGCAAUUGGAUGAUAUUGGUCCAACGGAGGCUGCCAUAUACCGUACGCCAGAGGGCACUGCCUUCAUCGAUGUCCUUUCAAAGCCGGGGCAGACCCGUGAGAUCAGUAAGAAUGACAAGGACUAUGACACAUUGAAAUGGGAGGAGGAACUGCGGGCUCAAUUGGCUCAGAAAAAGGGACAGGCUAAGAAGCUCACACCCGACGAACAGGCCAAGGUUCAAGCGCAGCUGACGAAAGAGUCUGCUAUCCGCAAGAGCGUUGCAGACCUUGACGCCCGGCUGCGGCGUGGUAUCGGCAUCAUUGGUGCUUUGUCGACAGGACCGCCCACAGAAGCCGAAUCCUGGUUCGGACCUUCAGUGAAGCUACUGUUCGAUGUUAUCCAGGCCGGUGCCAGCCUUAUACUGGGUGAUGCAGCGUCAUUGGGCUACCUACAAUGUUCAGAAAAGAUCUCAUCCCGUCUUGGGCCAUUGCGGCCAUUCGUCGGCGUCGCCACAUUACGCGCUGCGGGCAUCACCAUUCUGCCCGAGAACUUGCUCGCCGAACCUCUUGGAGAUCUGGUCACUCGGAUACUGUACCGCUUGAGAUUUCUUGGAGAACAACGACCUUUCGAUACCGUGUCCUUGAGCUACAUCAUGUCACUCAUCUUCCUAGUCCUCGAAAACGGAGGCAUUGACCGUGCACCCGGUGAGGACGCAGACGAGCAAAUCGUUCUGGCCAUUGAGUUUCUUUCCUACCACACCGAAACAUGCAGUAACACCAUCCUUCCUCGGGAGAAGCUUCUCAGCACCCUCAUCGCUUCAAUGCAAAAGUACACACAGCACUUCAAGCCCAGCAAGGACUGCUUCACGGACUUGUGUCGCCAUCUUGCUGUCAACAUCAGUCAAGUCGAGACCGAUGUUGUCGUCAAAGGUGCCAUUGUGGCAGAUUCCUCGGUUCGUAGCGCCGUACUGCAGGCCAUCAGCUCCGAGCUCGAGCUCGCAGACCGCGAAUUUUACGUCGAAAUCUGGCUGGCUUGCCAUGACGAUGACGAGGAGAAUGCAACCAUUGCGCAUGAGAUCUGGGAGGAGAAUCAGCUCAAGGUUGUCCCGGAUGCUGCAGAACAGUGCUUACCGUACCUUGAAGCAAAGGACUCCCAGCUUCGCCGCGCUGCUGCACGUGCCACCGCAGCGGCAGUCUCCAACCACCCAUCAAAAUUUGCAGACGUUGUGGCGAAAUUGGAGGACUCUUACUUUGAGUCUGCGAAGCCCAAGAAGCCGCUGGUCGACAAGUACGGCAUGCCACUUCAGAAAGAGAUCACCGACACAUGGGAGUCACGACAUGGCUUUGCGCUUGCUUUCAAAGAGCUUGCCUCUGUCUUCCCCACUAAUCAACUCUCUCAAUUCUUGACCUUCUUGAUUGAGAGAGGUCCCUUGAGUGACAAGCACAGCGGAGUUAGAGACAGCAUGGUUGAUGCCGCGACGACAGUCGUUUCAGUCCGCGGGAGUGAUCAAGUCGAGCCUCUGAUGAAGCUCUGUGAGGAGACCCUGGAAAUUUCCAGCAAUUCGCAAGCGCAGGACUUGGUGAACGAGGCUGUGGUCAUCCUGUACGGUGCUCUGGCCCGUCAUUUACCAAAAGGUGACGAUCGGGUUCCCAAGGUGGUCAAUCGCCUCCUCUCUACUCUGAGCACGCCAUCCGAAUCUGUCCAGUAUGCCGUCGCACAGUGCUUGCCACCCUUGGUCCGCGCAUCAAGCGACCAAGCAAGUCAAUACCUCAAGCAAGUACUCGAUGAGAUGCUUCAUUCCAAGAAGUAUGCCGCGCGCCGUGGAGCAGCAUAUGGUCUGGCAGGUAUCGUCAAGGGCAGAGGUAUCUCCCUGUUAAAGGAAACAAGGCUCCUCUCAACAUUAAGAAGCGCAGCUGAGAACAAGAAGGAUACCAACGAGCGACAAGGUGCCUUCCUCGCGUUGGAGCUUCUCUCGCUCCUCUUGGGACGCAUCUUCGAGCCUUAUGUCAUCCAGAUUGUUCCCCAACUCCUGGUCGGUUUCGGUGACGCCAGCUCAGACGUCAGAGAGGCAUGUCUCGAUGCUGCAAAGACUUGCUUUGCCUCGUUGAGCUCUUUCGGCGUCAAGCAAGUGUUGCCAACUCUUCUGGAGGGUCUUGACGAGCAGCAAUGGCGAAGCAAGAAGGGUGCAUGCGAUUCCUUGGGAGCCAUGGCCUACCUUGACCCUCAGCAGCUGGCAGUCAGCCUACCAGAGAUUAUUCCACCACUCACAGAGGUCCUCAACGACAGUCACAAAGAAGUGCGGAGUUCUGCGAACCGCAGUCUACAACGUUUCGGAGAAGUCAUCAGCAACCCAGAAGUCAAGAGUCAAGUCAACAUCCUGCUCAAGGCGCUAAGCGAUCCUACCAAAUACACAAACGAUGCGCUGGAUGCUUUGAUCAAGGUCAACUUCAUUCAUUACAUCGAUGCGCCCUCUUUGGCACUCGUCGUGCGUAUCUUGGAUCGUGGACUUGGCGAUCGAUCCGGUACGAAGAGAAAAGCCGCACAGAUCAUUGGCAGUCUCGCCCAUCUCACAGAGCGCAAAGAUCUCAUUGCCCACUUGCCCAUUCUCGUGGCUGGGCUGCGUGUUGCAAUCGUCGAUCCCGUCCCAACAACUCGCGCCACCGCUUCCAAAGCCCUCGGGUCGACUAUUGAAAAACUGGGCGAGGAUGCUCUGCCGGACUUGAUUCCAAGCCUUAUGGCAACUCUCAAAUCCGAUACUGGCGCUGGCGAUCGUCUUGGAUCCGCACAAGCUCUCAGUGAAGUGCUCGCUGGUCUUGGUACUAGUCGUCUCGAAGAGACUCUUCCCACCAUCCUGCAGAACGUGUCAAGCUCCAAGGCUUCUGUACGGGAGGGCUUCAUGUCACUAUUCAUCUUCUUGCCGGCUUGUUUCGGAAACAGCUUCGCCAACUAUCUGUCGAAGAUCAUUCCUCCAAUUUUGGCAGGACUCGCGGAUGAUGUUGAGUCGAUCCGUGAGACGGCACUUCGGGCUGGACGUUUGCUUGUCAAGAACUUUGCUGCCCGCUCGGUUGAUCUGCUGCUUCCUKAGCUGGAGCGCGGUCUUGCUGACGACAGUUACCGUAUCCGUCUCAGCUCGGUCGAACUGGUUGGUGACCUGCUGUUCAACCUCACAGGUAUCAGCGGUAAGACUGAAGCUGAAGAUCUCGAAGAGAAUGCCAACGAAGCCGGUGCAUCACUACUGGAGAUUCUUGGCGAAGAGAAGCGUAAUCGCGUGCUGGCAGCUUUGUACAUCUGUCGCUGCGACACGUCUGGUCUGGUCCGCACAUCCGCUAUGAACGUAUGGAAGGCACUGGUUUCCGCUCCUCGAACACUCCGCGAGCUUGUCCCCACUCUCACUCAGCUCCUCAUUCGGAGAUUGGCGAGCUCCAAUAUGGAACAAAAAGUCAUCGCUGGAAAUGCUCUCGGCGAACUCAUCCGCAAAGCAGGAGAAGGCGUGCUCGCUACUCUGCUGCCUGUCCUCGAGCAGGAGUUGCAGAGCUCUCACGAUACCGAUGCACGACAGGGUAUCUGCAUUGCUCUGCGCGAGCUCAUCAACGCCGCCACUCCAGACGCACUCGAGGACUAUGACAAGGUUCUCUACUCGGUCGUCCGUACCGCUUUAGUCGAUACCAACAAGGACGUCAGAGAUGCUGCCGCUGAGGCCUUUGACUCACUUCAAAAGGCACUUGGCAAGCGCGCUGUGGACCAAGUUCUACCACAUCUGCUCAACUUGCUGCGCUCCGAGGAUGACAAGGACAAUGCGCUGUCAGCCCUGUUGACAUUGCUGAACGAGCCUACACGGUCGAAUAUCAUUCUACCGAAUCUCCUGCCAACGCUUCUCACAUCUCCAAUCUCGGCUUUCAACGCCAAUGCUAUGGCUGAAUUGGCUACAGUGGCAGGUGCAUCCAUGACAAGAAGGUUGCCAAACAUCCUCAAUUCGCUCAUGGACAACAUUGUGGCAUGCAAGGACGAAGAGUUGCGAUCGGAACUGAGCAGCGCAUUCGACACAAUUCUGCUCUCUGUUGACGAGUUCGACGGCCUCAACACCAUGAUGAGCGUCAUGCUUGCACUCGCCAAGCACGAUGACCACCGGAGACGUGCCAACGCCGACAUGCACCUGGCACUGUUCUUUGAGCAGACUGACGUUGACUUCUCCCGCUACUACCCCAACCUCAUCAGCGCACUUCUCAUUGCCUUUGACGAUAGUGACAAGGAUGUUGUCAAGGCUGCAUGGACGGCAUUGAGUGCGCUCAUGAAAUGUUUGAAGAAAGAGGAGAUGGAGUCACUCGUCGGGUCAACACGCCAGACGCUCAAUCAAGUCGGGACUCCUGGGCACGAUCUUCCCGGCUUCUCCUUGCCAAAGGGUAUCAAUGCCAUUCUGCCGAUAUUCCUGCAGGGUUUGAUGAAUGGCUCCAUGGAGCAGAGAACACAGGCUGCGCUUGCUCUAUCUGACCUGAUUGAUCGCACCAGUCCAGAUGGUCUGAAGCCGUUUGUGACGCAAAUCACUGGACCGCUCAUUCGUGUUGUCUCUGAGCGCUCGACGGAGCUCAAGGCUGCCAUUCUCCUCACUCUCAACAACUUGCUUGAGAAGAUCCCGACACUCCUCAAACCUUUCUUGCCACAAUUGCAGAGAACCUUUGCCAAGUCUCUCGCGGAUUCUUCUAGUGAAAUACUCCGCUCCAGAGCUGCGAAGGCGCUCGGCACUCUCAUCACCAUGACGCCUCGCGUGGAUCCUCUUAUUGCAGAAUUAGUGACAGGCUCAAAGACUUCAGAUGCUGGCGUCAAGAAUGCCAUGCUCAAGGCGCUCUACGAGGUGGUUAGUAAGGCCGGCAAGAAUAUGGGGGAUGUUUCCCGGAACUCGAUCCUUGCGCUCAUCGACUCCGAGACUGGCGACACAGAUGAUGCGAUGAACAUCACAUACGCCAAGUUACUCGGCGCUUUGAUCAAAGUCAUGCCAAAGGAGUCCACCGUCACUCUUCUCAAGACCAGGGUUCUCACCACCCAAUUCUCRCACUCAUCCAUCCUCGCCUUGAACGCGGUUCUGCUGGAAGCUCCAGAGGUGCUCACAGAGACUAUGGAUGAUGUGACACGCACGGUUCUCGCGCAAGGUAUUGCUAGCGCGCAGCCUUUUAUUGCCAGCAAUGCCGUACUUGCGGCUGGCAAAUACCUCCUUCAGCCAUGUAGCACCAAGUCGUUUGAGGCCACCAAGCCUUUGAUACAAGCACUUGCCGACACUCUUACAGUCGGCAAGCCUGUGGACACUCGCCGUCUCUCGCUGGUCGUCAUCCGGACAUUGAGUCGCGAGAACAACGCCGAGCUCAUUCGCCCUCAUCUAUCCACUCUUGUGCAGCCCAUCUUCAAGAGCGUACGAGAUCCGGUCAUCCCGGUCAAGCUCACGGCAGAGGCGGCUUUCUUGGCUGUGUUUGAUGUGGUGGAGGAAGAGGGCGCAGUGUUCGACAAGUACAUGAAUGGACCUGAGGGUAAGGAGCUCAAUGCCACGGAGAGGAGAGCGAUCUCGGAGUAUUUCAAGAGAAUUGCCUUGAGGUUGAGCUCACAGGCCAAGGAGAGAAAAGAGGCCGAGGGUGGACAGGGCGGAUUGGGGUUGAGUAGCGAUGAGAAGGAGGAUGAGAGGGAGGUUUGGAGUGUGGGAAAGGUGGAUCUGGGAAGCAGUGGCUUUGAGGACGAAUAA